GCUGGUGACAAAUCAAACAUGAAGUUUGCAGUUUUGUUUUCUUUUAUUCUGCUUGUUACUCUUCAUAUUGACUUUGGACUAAAUAAAGAAACUCCUAGGAAGCAAAGAAGCAAGAUGUAUUACCAAAGAUUAAGGAAACAUUCCUCACCCAACCACAGGUCAAACAGACAGAUUGGGGUACAGCAAACAACUACUGUCACAGCAGCAGCAAGAUUUCCCAUUGUUAACUUUGGAUAUAAUAUAGAGGAAAAAUUUGAAUCCUUUUCAAGUUUUCUUGGAGAACAAUCAAAUUAUAAUGUGUUACCAGGAAAAAAGGGGCACUGCUUGGUCAAGGGGAUGAUGAUGUACAACAAAGCUGUCUGGUCUCCUGAGCCUUGUCUUACCUGCCUCUGUUCAAAUGGAAGAGUGCUUUGUGAUGAAACCAUGUGCCAUCCUCAGACCUGUUCCAAAACAUUUAUACCUGAAGGAGAAUGCUGCCCAGUCUGCUCAGAUACUGUCUAUUCCCUGUUCAAUGGUAUAGCAUUAAAUAAUAUAACUGAAUUUUCUGGUGAUUCUUUAGAACAAAGAGAACUUACCAGUUUACUUUAUAAGCAACCACUACCUACUCAGGUGGACAUGGAUCAAGAAUUAAGAAAAAAAGCAUUUCAGUGUGAGGAAGAGAAGAAGGAAGAAUUUAAAGAAGAUAGUAUGGAGCAAAAGACAAAAAGCUCUGGACCUCAAGAUCAGAGAAAACUAGAUAAUGAGGAGGAAAAAAGAGAGGAAGAGCAAGAGCAGAGUGCUCAAGAGGAGGAGAUGCAGGCGUAUCAACAUCUAAAUGAAGGAAGGGAAGACGAGGAGGAUGAGGAAGGAGAUGAAGAUGAAGAAGAUACUGUCAGAGAUGGUCUCAGAAUACCCUCUCAAUUUCCAAAACCUGCUCCUCCUAGAGACACACCACCUCUGCCACACAGGUGCUCUCUGUCUUAUAAGACCAUAAGCUGCAUAAAAGUGGAACUCACAGAGAUACCACCAAUAAAAGCACCAGAGAUAACAAGUCUGGAGCUUGUUGGGAAUUCUAUCACUUCCAUUCCAAAUGAAGCAUUUAAUGGAUUACCUGAUUUGGAAAGACUUGAUCUGAGUGAAAAUAAUAUCACCUCUUCAAACAUAGGCCCCAAAGCAUUCAAGCUUCUGAAGAAAUUAAUGUAUCUGAAUAUAGAUGGAAACAAUUUGAUACAGAUCCCUUCAGAAUUGCCAUCUACAUUAGAAGAACUUAAAGUCAAUGAAAACAAUCUCCAGGCUAUCAGUGAAAAGAGUUUAGCAGACUUAAGUCAGUUAGUCACCUUAGAAUUGGAAGGAAACAAUCUCAGUGAAACAAAUGUCAAUCCUUUAGCUUUCAAACCUUUGAAGAACCUAUUGUAUCUACGUCUAGGAAAAAAUAAAUUUAGAAUUAUACCACAGAGUCUUCCUGCUUCUAUUGAGGAAUUAUACUUGGAAAAUAAUCAAAUUGAAGAAAUAACUGAAAUUUGUUUCAAUCAUACCAAAAUGAUAAAUGUCAUUGUACUUUGUUAUAAUAAAAUUGAAGAAAAUAGGAUUGCCCCUUUAGCGUGGAUAAAUCAUGAAAAUCUAGAGUCGAUUGAUCUUUCUUACAACAAGCUCUAUCACGUCCCCUCCUAUCUACCAAAAUCUUUGCUGCACCUAGUGCUAAUUGGGAAUCAAAUUGAACGGAUUCCUGGCUAUGUGUUUGCUCACAUGAAGCCCGGACUGGAAUACCUGUAUUUGUCAUUUAACAAACUUGUGGAUAAUGGAGUGGACCCUGUCUCUUUCUAUGGGGCGUACCAUUCUCUGAGAGAAUUAUUUCUGGAUCACAAUGACUUCAAAUUUAUACCAGCUGGGAUACAGGAAAUGAAAGCACUACAUUUUCUGAGGUUGAACAACAACAAGAUAAGGAAUAUUCUUCCAGAACAAAUUUGCAAAGCUGAAGAAGAUGGUGACUCAACUCUAGAACAUCUUCAUUUGGAAAACAAUUACAUUAAAACAAGAGAAAUAUCACCCUAUGCAUUUUCAUGCAUAAGAUCAUAUUCAAGUAUUGUUCUUAAACCACAAAAUGUCAAGUAA